ACCCGCAGAAACCGAUGGCUGUCCGUCACAGACAGCGCUCGGGACCACGGUUCCCGCGCCGCCCCAGGAAUAUGCUGGACCCCUUCUGAUCAAAGGCGGCGGCAACAUGCCAGUGAGGAGGGGCCACGUUGCCCCACAGACAACAUUCGUCGACAGCAUUAUCAGGAAGUUCGAAGGUCUCAAUCGUCGUUUUCUGCUGGCCAAUGCACAGGUAGAACAAUUUCCUAUCAUCUACUGCAACGAUGGGUUCUGCGAAAUGGUAGGGUACUCUAGAGCGGAACUCAUGCAGAGGCCUGCCACCUGCGACUUCCUGCACGGGCCCCUCACAAGUUCCCAGGCGACGGCCCAGAUCAGGGAGUCUCUCUCCACCUGCCUCGAGAAACAGCUCGAAAUUAUCUACUAUCGGAAAGAUGGGACCAAAUUUCUGUGCAGCCAGGUGACGGCGCCUAUAAGGAAUGAAGAGGGGGAGAUCAGCAUGUUCAUCAUGAAUUUCGAAGACAUAACAGACGCCCCGUACCGAGAUGAUGUCCUCACGCCCUGUACCAGCCCCAUGAUGUGUAAGUUAUGACCUGUGACAAUUCAUUUACUGCACUCAUUUAUUUUGAUCAAAACUCAGCAAAUCUUCGAAUUCUCUACU